UGGGCAUAUGAUAAGAAGAUGUACUUAAGCAGACUUGUGAUUCUUGUGGUGGUUUAUUCAUUGCCAUGUGAUGUGAGUUUGGCGCCCUCCACGGACACCCCUGUGGACGGCGUCUCCUGCAAAAGCCAGGCGGAUUGUCCACUCAACCAGUGCUGCGUGCACAAUCCUUUAAAUAAACCGGAUUCCCGCAAACGCUUUCUGUUUGAUCACUACAAUGAACAUGACCACGGCUUCUGCAGGUCGGCGAGGAAUCUAAAUGAGAAUUGCUGGCCUAUAGGUCGGGACCCGGCAAACGGUGAGUUAUACGAGUUCUUCUGUCCGUGUACGUCCGGUCUGGAGUGCCGGGGCUUGAUUGUGCACGAGAGCGCCCAUCAAAUCGUCCAUGAACGGCCAAUGUGUCAGUCACCAGAGUCGAGUCUUAUUGACUCUGCCACGUACAGCGGACAGGUUUGCUCGGCAGACGGAGACUGUCCUGGCGGCAUGUGCUGCGUAUUUCACCCAGACAACCGGCGGCAACAGUCCACAGGGUACUGCCGAAACUUCAAACAGCUCAACGAUACCUGCACUAUUGUCGAUGUUGGGGGCGCGCUGCAUGACUUCGGAUGCCCGUGUGGUGAUGGUCUAGAGUGCCGCGGGCUGUCCAUCCAUCAUUCCACGGUAAACGGACAUGGCCAUAUAGACACACACAUUAACCCGGUUUGCCAGACACCCGUCACCACUACCGCUUCGCCAUGAGGCUAGCUACAAUAUCCAGAGAGUGAGGACAACGUUCAUGGACACUCUUUAUUUGCAAUAUUUGAGAAUAAAGUAAACCAUGGAACAA